AUGGAUCCCAAAACGAAUAGACUAAAUGUAUGCAUGUGUUUUUCCACAGGCGUAUCGGGUGCAAUUGUCGGGAUAUGCUACGGUCGUAACGGAGACAAUCUCCCGUCACCGGCCGACACCGUGGCUCUCUACAAACGGAUCAAAGUGGACGCAAUCCGAAUGUACGAACCAUUCGCCGACAUGUUCGAAGCUCUUCGUGGGUCGGGCCUUAUGGUCGCUUUUGGGCCACGAAACGAAGAGCUUCAGGCCAUGGCCCAAGACCCAUCAGCGGCCCAAAACUUUGUGAACACGUGGAUCGUACCUUACAAAAACGACAUCGUUUUCAAGUGGAUCACAUUGGGCAACGAGAUCAUUCCGGGAGACAUCGGUCCUUUUGUCCCCGGCGCGAUGCGAAACGUCAACGUCGCGUUACAAAACGCCAAUGUUUCAGGAAUCGCGGUCACGACGGUUUUGGCCGCAGCCGCGCUGACGAACACUUACCCCCCGUCGGCGUCGCGGUUCGUCCCUGACGUGACCGAGAUCAUGACGGAGAUCGCAUCGAUUCUCUCCGCGACGAACUCGCCUCUCAUGGUGAACACUUACCCGUACUUCGCCUACGCCUCGGAGCCAGAGCGUAUCUCGCUCGAUUACGCGACGUUCGGGCCGAAUGCACCGGAAGUGAUCGACGGAGAUCUGAGGUACCACUAUCUGUUCGAAUCGAUGGUGGACGGAUUCAACGCGGCGCUGGAGAAGAUCGGAAGCGGAGGAGUUAGGGUUAUGGUGGCGGAAUCGGGAUGGCCGACGAGAGGGAAUCCGCCGUACACGAGCGUAGAGAACGCGAGGAAUUACAACGUGGGGCUGUUGAGCUACGUGGUUCAGGCGAAGACGCCGAGAAGGCCGGAAACGGAUAUCGACACCUUCUUCUUCGAGAUGUUCACCGAGGAUCUGAAGCAAGGAGAGGCUGAGCAGAACUUCGGAUUCUACACCCCUGACAUGAAUCCCGUCUACGAAUUCUGGCCUCCUGCCGUCUAGAUCUUUCUUUCUUUUUUCUCUUCUGCUUUCUUUUGUUUGCCAGUCGAGUAAUUGAAAUACGUAUAAUUUUAGUACUAUUAGUCAAAAAUUAUUUUAUGAGACUAUGUUUUUAUUAA